UCCAUGCCAUCCUAACAUCUUUCAGCACUAGUCAUAAACAAGUUCUGUAUGUGGAUUCCUCUGUAUAAGGGUAACAUAUCUUUGUGAAAAAACUGAACAAGGCUGGCUUUCUUUCAUAAAAGUGCCGAAAACGCCCAGGUAUGUAUUAAGUACCCACUGAGAAUAGUCUUCCAGGGCAUUAUUUAAAGGGAUGACCUUUGGGCUAAAUAACAUGCCAUCAUUAAAGUAAAGGACUUGUCACAGUGCAGUACACCCACUUUGGCCAGUCCUGAUUAUUCCUGCCUGUCAAGACUCAGUCUGUGCUUAUUAUGUGAAAUCAACACUGCAAAAUGUUUAUCCUGGAACUCCAAAGUGGAGAAAAUUUUGAUUGCAUCGCUAACAGGAACUUGACGGAAGGAAAAGCUAAAUCGGCUCUGUCAAAAAAACAUUUACCUUAAACCUGUUUGCUUGAUUUCAUUUUGCGAGAACAGCUUGUUAUGGUACAUUAUGUUCUGUGUUUCAUUAUCAUUUCUCUUUAUUUUUCGAGACACAGAAAUACAAACAUGUUAUACAAAUCCCCAUGUGUGCCAAUCUUCUGUCCGCUGGAUGAAUGAAUGAGUUCAGGUAAUAGCUCAUUUGUCAUUCACAAAUAUCACAAGCACACACGCAUUUCCAGAGUGCCUCCUCACAAUGCAUUUCCCCCCAACCAAUCUCUCUCUUCUCUCCCUCUCCUUUCAUCUCGCCCUCAUCUCCCCUCCCACUCUAUGCUAGUGUGUGAGUAGCUCUCUCUCUCUCUCUCUUUCUAUGCCUCACAGACACGCACUCUGUCAGUGGAGGAGAGGGUUUUGAAAUCCAGCUGUAGCUCAAAGUGAUCGCCUCCUUGGGCAUAUUCAGCUAAGAGGAUUGUGCUCUUUUUCCCCUCGUACCACUUUUUUCGUUGUUCUGAAACUGUAGGAUUUUUCUUAUCUGCCACUCAGGUUUGUGAUAUAGUAAGUGUUCCGCUGAAGAAUAACUGAAGUUUUUCUUACAUGGCUGAAGCACCUGCCUAUGAUUCAUUUCCGCUUUUUGUACUGACGUGAUCUUUGUGUCCUAACAAACAUGACACAGCUUAAGUAAUUUUUUUUUUUUUUUGGUUUACUGGAAUUGUUUCAUUUUGCCAUUCAAGGGAUUCUUGCAGACAACGUGGUAGGGAGUAAACUCUUAGGAGAAAUCAUGAGCUGGACUCAUUAUAAAUGCUAAACUUCUGUCUGCUUGGAGCUUGUACGCCAUCUGAGGAAUCCAAUCAAGAAAUGACCACUGUCUCAAUGGAGCCCAUAGUGGCUAUGAUGGAGAAGGUUUCCAACGUCACUGAGCUUCCAGUAGAAGCUUCUAGUAAAGACAUGGCUGCCACCUUCACCAUUGGCACCAUCCUGUCCCUAAUGUGUCUGGUGGGUGUGUCUGGAAAUAUCUACACGCUGGUGGUCAUGUGCCACUCCAUGCGCUCGGCUGCCUCUAUGUACAUCUACAUCAUCAACCUGGCACUAGCUGAUCUGCUUUACUUACUCACUAUUCCAUUUGUGGUGUGCACACAUUUCCUGAAGGGUUGGUAUUUUGGAGACGCUGGAUGUCGGAUCCUCAUCAGCAUGGACUUCCUUACAAUGCAUGCAAGCAUUUUCACCCUUACUGUAAUGAGCACAGAACGUUACUUUGCCGUCCUCAAACCUCUGGAUACAGUCAAACGCUCUAAGAGUUACCGCAAAGCAAUCGCCCUCUUGGUGUGGACGGCCUCAUUGAUUCUCACCUUACCCAUGAUCAUCAGCGUCCAGCUGAUGACGGAAAGCUCCAAGCCAAUGUGUCAACCCACCCUAAGCCCUCUCUCAUAUAAAAUCUACAUCUCCUUUCUCUUUGGCACCAGCAUUGUAGCUCCAGGGGUGAUAAUCGGGUACCUAUACAUACGUCUGGCACGAACCUACUGGAUUUCCCAAACUGAGACUUUCAAGCAGACCAAGAAGCUCCCAAACCAGAAGGUCCUAUAUCUAAUCUUCACUAUUGUGCUCCUGUUCUGGGCCUGCUUUCUGCCUUUCUGGAUCUGGCAGCUUCUAGGUCAGUUUCAGCCUGAGCUGGAUCUCUCCACCAAGGCCAAGCGCAACAUUAACUAUCUGACCACCUGUCUGACCUACAGCAACAGUUGCAUCAAUCCAUUCCUCUACACCCUGCUCACCAAGAACUACAAGGAGUACCUCCGUAAAAAAAGGCAGAGGACAUGGUCAGCUGGCAGCUACCUCAACCGACGAAGCCGCUUCCAGCGGUCGCCCCGUCACUCCUUGUCCUCCAGCAGUCAGCAAUGCACGGAUAGCUUUGUGCUCGCUCACACUUCUCGCACCAACAACAGUAGCCUCUGAGAGAUGGAUGACUGUCUGGGGCAAGACAAGAGCAAAGCAAGCCAAGACGGCUGGUAUCUCCCUCCUUCAAACAGAAGAGGAAGAGCAAAGGAGGAGCAGAGCAGCCAAGAGAAGAAAAGCAAGUCAUGAGGAGUAUCCCUACAUUAAGAGGCCAGUGUGGGGUUGGAUUUGCCCUCAUCUCACCUGUUGAUUUGUUUCGAUGAUUUUUAAGAGGGAAAAACCGAUUCCCAGUUCAUCAGUUUUUUUUUAUAUAUAAUAAUUUUUUUUGACGAUCCAUCAAACUUUGUCAUCAAGGACCAAAUUUCAACGCAGGGAGAUGACCAAGUGAAAACUGUGACAACUUUUAUCUCCCCCUUUCCCAAGACACUCUGUUUGAUGAAAGUAAUUUCCCUCAAAUAACUGCAAUAGUAGCUAUCUAAAUCCUUCCAAACAUGACUCCUGCAAAAGAUGACAUCAAAAAGAAGGCGUUUUUUUCUAGUAUGAAAUCUGUUUCUCUCAUAUUUAUGAAAGAGUUUUGCUCUAUUUGAUCUCAUGGGCUGCGUUUGAAAUUAAGAUAUUCUAUUUUAUUUGCCUUUGAUGAUUUUAUGAUCUUCAUUGUAGGGUACUAAGUGGCAAUGCAGCCAUGGAAAGCCUGUUAGAACCCUACGGGAAGGACUUCCGAAUACGCUUUUAUUUUUCAGAGCACUGCAUUCCAUUACCCGGGCCUGUCAAAUGGUUUCUCUCUGAUCAGUAGGAUUCUGUCUCCUCCAUCCUAUUUCCUUGAGGCCGUCAAGACUGGAAGUUUUACGCUGACCUCAGACUGACCUGAGAGCUGUUUCUCCAAACAACAAUGCAGAUGAUGCUUGGCUUUGAAUUCUAAUGAGUUGGACAUUUAUACGUUCCAUACUGACAAGUCAGUACCCAUCCAUAUGGAAGGUCCGUACAGAUGAAAGAUACACUCAAUGAGCACACAUGCGCAUUGCAGAGAGAAACUGACCAACUUGGAAACUUCAACUUCAUGACUCCAAAGGAACAGAUUAUUUAUCUUUAUACACAAUGGCGAAAUGGCGCUUAUUAUUGUUGUUCAUUUUACACAAAAGAUAAACAGGAAAGUACUGCCCAAAAUCUGUUUCUUUGGUUUGUUGAAUCUGAGGAAUGCCUAUUUUGUUUUUGUACAGAGAGCUCAUAUAUACUUGGUAACACGUUAUGAUAAGGGGCAAUUUGUUAAAAAAUAUUUAACAAUUUGCAUUAAGGAUGCAUUAGCUAUCAUAAACUAAUAAUAAACAUAAAGCAUUUAUUAAUCUAGGUUAAUGCUAACUUAAUUAUA